UGUGCACACCCAAAGUUAAAUCAGUGCCACAUCAGCAUUCAUAUUUACGCGUUCAACUUUAUACAGGUUUAUGUGCCUACUUGUGCACACCCAAAGUUGGAGGGCAUACUUGCCAGCUGAAGCCAAGUUAUUAUGCCUUUUAAUUCCCGAAUUAUGUCUGAAUUUUCUUCUUAAUUAGGUCAAUCAAUCAAUUAUACCCCCAUUCUAUAUAAGCUCGAUUAAAACCUCUUAACCGUUAUACCUUUUUUUUUUUGGUUGGUAUCUUAUCCAUUAUAAUCUCUUCCAUAUUUUGUUAGAACCGGAGGAUUCAUCAUAAUUAGACUAAUUUUACCUUGAUUGUCAGUUCUAAUUGUGUGGACGCCAUUAAUUUCGUUAUUUUAGUUACUGCAUUUUGUGUUAAUUUAUUUUUGCUUAGCUCAAUCAAUCAAAUAAACCUCAAUUUGAACUGGCUGGAUUAAAUGCUCUUAUCCAUUAUAAUUCCGUCCCAAUUUAAGUGUCUUACUUUCCUUUUUAAAAAAGAGUGCAUCUUUUUGAUAAUUCAAACAUCUCACAUGUCAGAUUUAAAACCACAAGAUUGAAAGAUAAUUUUAGUACAUUACACAUAUUUAAUUUAGGAUCACAAGAUUCAAAAGUCUUCAUUUAUCUCUUAAAACUCGUGUCAAGUCAAACUAAGACACUUAUAUUGGGACGGAGGAUGUACUUUUUUGUGUGCGGUAUCUUAUCCAUUAGACUCUAUUCUACAUUUUGUUUGUACUAGGAGGAUUCAUCAUAAUUAGACUAACUUUACCUUGAUUGUCACUUUACUGCGAUUUUCUUCUUUAAUUUUGCUUAGUUAUAUUAUGAAAGAAAUGUAAAGUUAUUAACUUUUCUUUCAAGGCUUUCUUUCUAAAAAAAAUUAUCACUGAAAGCAAAUAGAGUCAGUUAGAGUUUCCGUGAUUUAGCAACUUCAGAAUCUAUAUAUCAGAUGUGUGGUUGUUCAUAACUAUAGUUUCGAGCUGGAUAGCAUGCAAUUGAAGCAGGUUAAGAGACGUGAAGCACCUAGCCUGAACUUCGCCGAGCUUUAGGACUUUGCAUGCCUCAAGCGGGUCGUUUACAACUCUGCAACAAAUGCAAAAUAGUCAUCAAGUCUUUUUGUCAUUGCAACCUAUGUUCCAGUUAAAAUAAACUUCUAAAAUUUGGAACUAAUAAUAAUAGAUUAAAAGUAUGCUCCAUUUCUACAUUGUUGUUUGUACAAAUCGUAAAAGAAUGAGGUAGUGUUGUCAAAGGCGCGCUUAAGACUGAAACGAGACACAAAUCAUAUUGAGCGCUUCGCAAGGAAAAACUUUGUAUAAUAGAAGUUGAAUGCCUCAUGAUGUUCAAUCAUCUGUGAGACCCACAUCUGAUCAUAGCUGAGAGACCCGCGCACCUUAGACCAAACCUAGCAGUUUCCAUUUUCCGUGGGUUGCCUACUUGCCAACUAUGUAUAAACUAUGUGUAGUUUUCAGUAUAACUUUAGCAGAUCUUGAUCUCUUUAGCCAAGACUCUUUUUGGAAAAGUUCCUCAAUAUGACCUCCUUUCAAUGAGCAAGAAAAAUGUUUCAAGAGUCUCAUCAUGGAUUUAGCACCUUAUGCUCAUAUAUGGUGGCUUAUGUCACGAUGAAAGGGAGAUCAGCCGACAACCACUGUUAAAGAAGAUUCUGUCUUGUCCAAUAAAACUGUGCCUCACAAGAACAAAUAUUCUUUAAGUUCAAUCAGUUUCUUUGGAGUGGAUCUAACCCCAGAUAACAUUGCCGUUGCUAUGGUAUAUUUUGUUCAAGGUGUCCUGGGCCUUGCUAGGCUUGCUGUUAGUUUUUACUUGAAAGAUGACCUACACCUAGAUCCUGCAGAGACAGCUGUCAUAUCUGGUUUCUCAUCAUUGCCAUGGCUCAUAAAACCAUUGUAUGGUUUCAUCAGCGAUUCCUUCCCACUCUUUGGAUACCGGAGGAGAUCAUACUUGGUACUCUCAGGGCUUCUGGGGGCAUUCUCAUGGUUUUUGAUGGCCACCUUCGUUGAUAGCAAGUAUAGUGCUGCCUUCUCCAUACUUAUUGGUUCUCUUUCUGUCGCUUUCUCAGAUGUUGUUGUAGAUUCCAUGGUUGUUGAGAGGGCACGCGGUGAGUCUCAAAGCAUGUCAGGAUCUCUUCAGUCAUUGUGCUGGGGUUCUUCGGCAUUUGGAGGAAUUGUGAGUGCCUACUUUAGUGGCUCCCUUGUGGAUGCUUAUGGUGUGAGGUUUGUUUUUGGUGCAACAUCAUUACUUCCGCUCAUAACAUCUGCAGUAUCUGUACUUGUGAAAGAGCAACCUGUACGAGGCCCAGCAAGGGGAGUUUCUGUAGGCGAUGGCUUCAUCGAUAGCUCAAAAAACAAUUUUAUCCAGUUAUGGGGAGCUAUUAAGCAGCCUAGCGUUCUACUUCCCACCCUCUUUAUUUUCUUAUGGCAGGCAACGCCACAGUCAGAUUCUGCUAUGUUUUACUUCACGACAAACAAACUUGGUUUCACUCCGGAAUUUCUUGGCCGUGUUAAGCUUGUCACCUCGGUUGCAUCACUUAUCGGUGUGGGGCUUUAUAAUGGUUUUUUAAAGAAAGUUCCUUUACGAAAGAUAUUCCUCGUAAUGACUCUCUUUGGUACAGCUCUUGGUAUGACCCAGGUUCUGCUGGUGACUGGAUUGAACCGGCAGUUUGGCAUUAGUGAUGAGUGGUUUGCUAUUGGGGAUUCCUUGAUCAUAACUGUUCUGGGUCAGGCAUCUUUCAUGCCUGUUCUGGUACUAGCUGCAAGAAUAUGUCCACGAGGAAUGGAAGCAACUCUCUUCGCAACCCUUAUGUCCAUAUCCAAUGGUGGGAGUGUCCUUGGAGGCCUAAUUGGUGCAGGUCUAACCCAGGUAUUUGGUGUCACCAAGGACAGGUUUGACAACUUGGCUUUUCUGAUAGUUCUCUGCAAUCUCAGCUCUCUAUUGCCUUUGCCCCUACUUGGUCUUCUUCCUGGCGAUGAACCAGAUACAAAAGACAAUACUGAUAUUGAGAUGAAGUCUAAUUGAAUUCUUGCUUGCUGUGCGCAUCCUGAAUCUGGCUAAGAAUCGCUGCAGCUUUCGAGAAAAAAUAGGAGAGAACAAAUGUAAAUACAAAUGCUAAUAUUGAAUGACUAAACAUAUGAGUUGUGAUGUCCAUUCGUCACUCUUCACAGAAAAAAGUUUAAUGGAUUAGGAACUGGUUUAAGGGUGAGAUAGAUCUUGAUCCAUGACCCAAGUGGUAAGAGGGCAGUGUGUGAUAUGUGGGGAAGACACACAUCACGAGUUCGAACCAUGUUGCAAACAGAAACCUGGUAUGUAAGUGUAGAAAGAUAGAGAGACGGGCCUAUUAUCUACCAAGCCGAUCUUGUUGUGCUGGAUGAUCCUCUAAGUCUCAAAUGCCCAUUGAAAAAUUGUUGUUCUGAUUUGCUGUUGAUCGACCAACUUUGGUAUUUCGUGAUCAUAUCUUAGCUAAAAGGUACUACUGAACUAUGUUCACCAUUGACCGCUCUGCUGUGUUGGAAAUUCCUACUUUUGGUAUGAUAAGCUUAAUACCUACUAACUUCAAGUUCGAUAAAAAGUACUCUUUGAAUUUGCUUGUCACUU